UCCGUUCCCUGUCCCGCCUUGGCCCCGCCCCCUCCCACCACCCUGGGCUGCCAGUGCCUGUCACCUCUCCCAGAGCCCAGACGAGGCAGUGGAGGCAGCGGUGGCAGGGGGCUGCAGGAGCAAGUGACCAGGAGCAGGACUGGGGACAGAUCAUCAUGCCUGGGAGUUGGGGGAGCGGGUGUGCUGCCUCGGAGUCCGCGUGUGUGAAUCCUUGAGACGGGGUGACGCUGGGGUUGGAGUCGGAGGGCAGAGGUGCUGACCCUGUCCUGGGACCUUCCGGGCCUGAUCGCCCCUACACGAACCAGACCCUUCGCCGCCCUCACGAUGACUACCUCUCCGAUCCUGCAGUUGCUGUUGCGGCUCUCACUGUGGGGGCUGCUGCUCCGGAGGGCGGAGACAGGCUCUGAGGGGCAGACGGCGGGAGAGCUGUACCAGCGCUGGGAACGGUACCGCAGGGAGUGCCAGGAGACCUUGGCAACCGCGGAACCGCCUUCAGGCCUCGCCUGUAACGGGUCUUUCGAUAUGUACGUCUGCUGGAACUAUGCUGCACCCAACGCCACUGCCCGUGCGUCCUGCCCCUGGUACCUGCCCUGGCACCACCACGUGGCUGCAGGUUUCGUCCUCCGCCAUUGUGGCAGUGACGGCCAAUGGGGACUUUGGAGAGACCACACACAAUGUGAGAACCCAGAGAAGAAUGAGGCCUUUCUGGACCAAAGGCUCAUCUUGGAGCGGCUGCAGGUCAUGUACACCGUCGGCUACUCCCUGUCUCUCGCCACACUGCUGCUAGCCCUGCUCAUCUUGAGCUUGUUCAGGCGACUACAUUGCACUAGAAACUAUAUCCACAUCAACCUGUUCACGUCUUUCACACUGCGAGCGGCGGCGAUUCUCAGCCGAGACCGUCUACUACCUCGACCUGGCCCCUACCUUGGGGACCAGGCCCCUGUGCUGUGGAACCAGGCCCUCGCUGCCUGCCGCACGGCCCAGAUCGUGACCCAGUACUGCGUGGGUGCCAACUACACAUGGCUGCUGGUGGAGGGCGUCUACUUGCACAGUCUCCUGGUGCUCGUGGGAGGCUCCGAGGAGGGCCACUUCCGCUACUACCUGCUCCUCGGCUGGGGGGCCCCCGCGCUUUUCGUCAUUCCCUGGGUGAUCGUCAGGUACCUGUACGAGAACACGCAGUGCUGGGAGCGCAACGAAGUCAAGGCCAUUUGGUGGAUUAUACGGACCCCCAUCCUCAUGACCAUCUUGAUUAAUUUCCUCAUUUUUAUCCGCAUUCUUGGCAUUCUCCUGUCUAAGCUGAGGACACGGCAAAUGCGCUGCCGGGAUUACCGGCUGAGGCUGGCUCGCUCCACGCUGACGCUGGUGCCCCUGCUGGGUGUCCACGAGGUGGUGUUUGCUCCCGUGACCGAGGAACAGGCCCGGGGAGCCCUGCGCUUUGCCAAGCUCGGCUUUGAGAUCUUCCUCAGCUCCUUCCAGGGCUUGCUGGUCAGCGUCCUCUACUGCUUCAUCAACAAGGAGGUAGGAAGAGCCCCGGCCGCCGCCCUCGCCCUCUGGCGGCAGCGCGGUACGGCGCAGCCUCUGAGCGCCAUCGUGUCGCAGGUGCAGUCGGAGAUCCGCCGUGGCUGGCACCACUGCCGCCUGCGCCGCAGCCUGGGCGAGGAGCAGCGCCAGCUCCCGGAGCGCGCCUUCCGGGCCCUGCCCUCCGGCUCCGACCCCGGCGAGGUCCCCACCGGCCGCGGCUUGUCUUCGAGGACCCUCCCAGGGCCUGGGAAUGAGGCCAGACGGGUGUUGGAAAGUUACUGCUAGGGGGCGGGAUCCCUGUGUCUGUUCAGUUAGCAUGGAUUUAUUGAGUGCCUACUGCGUGCCAGGCCCAGUAUGGAGGACGAUGGGGAAAUGGUGAAGGAAACAGAAAAAAGGUCCCUCCUGGAGAUGACAACUGAGUGGGGAAGACAGACCGUGCACACAAAACAUCAAGUUCCACACACGCUACAGAAUGGUUAUGAAGGGAAGUGAGAAGGGUGCCUAGGGUGGUCUGGGAGGUGUCUCCAAGGAGAUGACAUUUAAGCCAUCCCCGAAAGAGGUGAAGGAGAUCGCUUUGGGGAGAGCUGCAUAACAGGAUUCUAGGCGGAAGCGACAGCAUAGGCAAAGGCCCUUGGGCAGGAAGGCGAUCCGCCUUGGCUGGAGUAGAAUUAAGUCAGAGCCAACAGGUGGGGAGAGAAAGAGAGAAGUGGGCAGGGGCACACGAGUUGGGAUUUCAUUUCAGGUGCUUUGGAGAUUCUUAGGAGUGUCUCUUGGGGGUAAUAUUUUAUUUUUUUUAAAAUGAGACAGGAUCUCACUGUUACCCAGGUUGGUCUUGAACUCCUGGGCUCAAGUAA